AUGGAUUUAUAUUCCUCCGGUGAAGAAGUGGUUGUUAAGACAAGAAAACCGUAUACAAUAACAAAACAAAGAGAACGAUGGACAGAAGAGGAACAUAAUAGAUUUCUAGAAGCCCUGAAGCUAUAUGGGCGAGCAUGGCAGCGCAUAGAAGAGCAUAUAGGAACAAAAACUGCUGUGCAAAUCAGGAGCCAUGCCCAAAAAUUCUUUUCUAAGUUGGAGAAGGAAGCUAUUGUAAAAGGUUCUGCAUUAGGACAAGCUCUUGACUUAGACAUCCCCCCUCCCCGGCCCAAAAGAAAACCAAGCAAUCCUUAUCCUCGCAAGACCAAUGUUGGGACCCCAACAUUAAAUAGUGGAGCAAAGUAUGGAAAGCCACUUAUUGCAGUUGCAUCUUCACAUGGUAAACAAGCAAUGGAUUUUGAGACAGAACCGCUUCCCGAGAAGCAUAAAGAUGAGGAAAGGCCAACAACUGCAAAAGAAAACAAUGAUGAAAAUUGCUCAAAAGUAUUUACAAUCCUCAAGGAGGCACCUUGUUCAUCUGUAUCUUCAGCAAUCAAGAGUUCAAUCUCAAUGUCAGUGCCACAGACAAAUUGCUGCAUCUUAAGGGAGUUUACACCUUCAGUGAAAAAUGUAAUAACUCAAGAUGAAACAUAUGAAUCUCUUCCUACCACAGAGAAUGAAAAUCGGAUGUUGGAGUUAGAUGAUGGGAAACACACACAAAAGACUGAUGGCACUUGUAAAACCUCUAAAUUGGAAAGCUCUUCUCCUAAAUCGGUUCAAGCUAAGAAAUCAGAUGAUCUUACUUCUGCAUUAACAGAUGAGAUGCAAAGUAAUCAGAACUACCCAAGGCAUAUCACUGUGCAUGUCGUUGAUGGGAACCUUGGAACCAGUACUCAAGACUCCACAUUUCAGCCAAUAGGAGGAAUUAAUGGGAAACCUAAUCUUUUCACAAAUUCAGCUGCAUCAAACACAAAUGAUAGUCAAAAUAACAUGGCACGGUCAUCUAUUCAUCAAUCAUUUACUUCUUGUCCUCCCUUUUCACAACAUAAUCACGAUGAUUACCAAUCCUUUCUCAACAUGUCUUCUACAUUUUCAAGUCUGAUUGUCUCUACCUUGCUGCAACACCCUGCAGCCCAUGCUGCAGCAAGUUUUGCUGCUACAUUUUGGCCCUAUGCAAAUGUAGAAUCUUCAGCUGAUUCUCCUGCUUGUUCUCAAGGAGGUUUUCCAUCUAGACAAAUUGGUUCACCUCCGAGUGUAGCAGCUAUUGCUGCUGCUACGGUAGCUGCUGCAACUGCAUGGUGGACAGCUCAUGGACUGCUUCCUUUGUGCGCUCCACUCCAUACAGCUUUUGCCUGUCCUCCUGCAUCAGCAACUGUUGUUCCAUCAAUGAAUAUCAGCGAAGUUCCACCUAAGACAGAACAAGGAGAUGUUACACUACAAAAUCCUCCUCUGCAAGAUCAUAUGCCAGAUCCAGAAGACUCGGAAGCUUUGCAAGCUCAACAUUCAGCUUCUAAGUCACCAGCUGUUUCUUCAUCUGAAUCAGAGGAGAGUGGAGAUGCCAAGUUAAAUACUUCAUCAAAGGCCACUAUGAAUCUUGAUAUAAACCAACCAAUUUCUGAGAACCUUAAUUCCAACCAAAUGGAGGGCAGGAAACCGGUAGACCGGUCUUCUUGUGGUUCCAACACAACCUCUGGCAGUGAAGAGACUGAUGCGCUAGAGAAGGAUGGGAAAGAAAAGGAAGAUCCCAAAACACCGGAUGCAGACCAUUUAGCUACUGAUCCUAGUAGUCGUCGAUAUAGAAGCAUUAGCAACAUUCUUGAUUCUUGGAAGGAGGUGUCUGAAGAGGGACGACUUGCCUUUCGGGCUCUAUUCUCCAGAGAGGUGUUGCCCCAAAGCUUUUCACCUCCUCCUGAUUUGAUAAAUAAGGACCAUCAGAUGGACAACAUGAAGGAUAAUGAGGAAAAAGGACACCAUAAAGAUCACCUUGACAGCAAGAAAUGCAGUUCUAAUUGUGACCGGUUGCAGCAAAACCUACCAUUUGUACAAAAUAACAGUGAGGAGGAGGGACUGCUAACCUUAGGUCUUGGACAAGGUAAACUUAAGACUCGUCGAACAGGGUUUAAACCUUACAAAAGAUGUUUAGUAGAAGCCAAGGAAAACAGGACCGGAACGGCCUGUAAUCAAGUCGAAGAGACUGGUCCCAAGAGGAUACGCCUGGAAGGGGGGAGUUCUACUUGA